AUGCCUGCUGAGGUAGAAGUGCCUCUGACUACAUAUGAGCGGCUCAGAAAAUACGAGCAACAAUUCUCGUCCGCGAUCCGCCACCCGGAUUCCCCGGCCUGGUUCGAUAAGGAACACAAUGAAAAGUUAAAGAAGGAUCUUCUGUGGGCAGCACCUUAUGAUGCUCGAUUUCCGCAGGUCCGCAAGCAGCGUCAAUGCUUCGCAUAUUACGUUGACUUCCAUCGCUGUAACGAAUUGAUGGGUAAGGACUACAAGCCUUGCAAAUUCUUCCAGAAUGUGUAUAAGGAUUUCUGCCCGAAUUUCUGGAUUGAGAAAUGGGAUGAGCUGAUCGAAGAGGGUCGCUUCCCUGCGAAAUUCGAUCGCUAG